GAGUUCAAGGCAUUCACUGGAGUCUUCCCAGGGACGAUGUCGUCUUCGACGAUGAAAGCUCAUUGCCGGGACAAAAGAGGAAGUUUCUUUAAGCUGAAGUGCUGGAAAAUGGGACCUUGAGCACUCCAUGAGAAACUAUGUUAUUUAUAUAUGAUAUGGGAGGUCUGGUGGCGAUGCAGGAGUUGGUUGCAGAGAAGGCUAUAGGGUGCUUGUGGAGGGUUGCUGCACUCUGCUUAGCAAAACAGGAAGUAAAAGAUGACAUGCCAAGAGGAUACAGGCCUCCAGGAAAAAUGAAAAAUGAGAGGCUGGCAGGAAAGAGACUUCUAUUCUGCUUCUCCAUUUUGAAUUAAGUUACUACUGAACUGAAUUUGUGGAUGAAGCUGAACGCUGUGGUGAAGCCUGACGUGUCAGCAUGGUGCAGGUUCCUCUGGCUGCUGCUCCUCAUGGGCAGGAGGGCAUGGCUCACAUCUCACUGCAGCCACUCAGGCUGCUUGAGAGGCAGCAGCUCAUUGACACAAUUGCCUCAGAAAUCGGAGAACUGAAACAGGAGAUGGUUCAGACGGAUGUCACAGUGGAAGAUGAACCUGCAGAUUUGCGAAGUCUAGUAAAGGACAUGGAUAAUGUCUCUCCAGAGAAAAAGGAUGUGAAAGGCUGCCCUCGGGACUCUGGAUAUGACAGCCUAUCCAACAAGCUGAGCAUAUUGGACAAGCUCCUCCACACUCACCCUGUGUGGCUCCAGCUUGGUCUGAACGAUGCUGAAGCCAUGGAAAUUCUGCGUGCACAGCCUCCUGGGAUAUUUUUGGUUAGGAAAUCUUCAAAACUGCUGAAGAAAGUCAUAUCUCUGCGUCUGCCUGGCGACUGUGGGUCCUGCCUAAAAGAAUUUGCAAUAAAAGAAAGCACAUACACAUUUUCCUUAGAGGGGUCUGGAAUAAGUUUUGCUGAUUUAUUCAGGCUCAUUGCUUUCUACUGUAUUAGUAGGGAUGUCCUUCCAUUCACCCUGAAGUUGCCUCAUGCUAUUGCUGCAGCAAAGACAGAAGCUGAACUUGAAGAGAUUGCUCAGCUUGGACUGAACUUCUGGAGCUCUCCGGCUAACAGCAACCCCUCAGAUGCUUCACCUCCCCGUAAGCCUGGGCCUUCAGACAGCGCUCGCAAAGACUCGCGUCAGCUCUGCCUUAUAAAUGGAGUGCAUUCUAUACGAACCAGAACGCCUUUGGAGCUGGAGUGCAGCCAGACCAACGGAGCGCUGUGUUUCAUUAAUCCGCUCUUCUUAAAAGUGCACAGCCAGGAUGUCACUGGAAGUCUGAAAAGGCAGAGCCUGAAAUCUCAGGAUGUGAAUGGCACCGAGAGGCCUCGCUCCCCCCCACCCCGGCCACCACCUCCUUCUAUUAAUAGCGUCCUCAUGAGUCCACAGCUUUCCAGGACUAUAAAGCAGGCGAGCGUGCCAGAAACAGUCAACCAUAAGAAAGAGAGAGACUUGGAUUUGCUGCGGAGUAAACCAACCCCUAUUCCGCCUCCUCGGCUGAAGAAGCAGGCUGUUUGCGCAGAGGUGGAGGGCGGCAGCUCAAAGCCCGCAGCCGCAAUUCAACCUGCCUGCAAUUCCGUGCGUGUCCCCGUGGCUGCUGACGUUGUAGCUGAAACCCCCCCACCUCAGCCAGCUCCAACAGCUUCCAAGAAGGCUGUAGUUAGCAGCUCUGAGUCACACGUACCCUGGAAUGGAGGCAGGCAGAGGCUGAGCGACAUGAGCAUUUCUACCUCCUCCUCUGACUCGCUGGACUUCGAUCGGAGCAUGCCGUUGUUUGGCUAUGAGGGGGACACUAACAGCAGCCAGGAGGAUUUUGAGGGGGAAAGCGACCAAGAGAGCAUGGCGCCUCCGUUGAAGCCCAAGAAGAAAAGAAACAGUUCGUUUGUUCUCCCCAAGAUUGUGAAAUCCCAGCUACGGAAAGUUAGUGGAGUUUUCAGUUCCUUCAUGACCCCUGAAAAGAGGAUGAUUAAGAAGAUUGCAGAGAUGUCCCGGGACAAACGCACUUACUUUGGAUGCCUAGUGCAGGACUAUAUCAGCUUUCUCCAGGAAAACAAGGAGUGCCACGUUUCCAGCACAGAUAUGCUGCAAACAGUUCGGCAGUUCAUGACCCAAGUUAAGAACUAUUUGUCCCAAAGCUCUGAACUUGAUCCCCCAAUCGAAUCGCUGAUUCCAGAGGACCAAAUAGAUGUUGUCCUAGAGAAAGCCAUGCAUAAGUGCAUUCUGAAGCCAUUGAAGGGCCACAUCGAAGCGAUGUUGAAAGAGUUUCAUACUGCAGAUGGUUCUUGGAAACAGCUAAAGGAAAACCUACAGCUGGUACGGCAGAGGAAUCCUCAGGAACUGGGCGUGUUUGUUCCGACACCAGACUUCGUGGACGUUGAAAAGAUUAAAGUCAAGUUCAUGACCAUGCAGAAAAUGUACUCUCCUGAAAAGAAAGUCAUGCUGCUGCUGAGAGUUUGCAAAUUGAUUUACACAGUUAUGGAGAAUAACUCAGGGAGGCUGUACGGAGCUGAUGACUUCUUGCCUGUGUUGACAUAUGUAUUAGCCCAGUGUGACAUGCUGGAGCUGGAUACUGAAAUUGAGUACAUGAUGGAACUGCUGGAUCCAUCUUUGCUGCAUGGAGAAGGAGGCUAUUACUUGACAAGCGCUUAUGGAGCACUUUCGCUGAUCAAGAAUUUCCAGGAAGAACAAGCUGCCAGACUGCUAAGUUCAGAAGCCAGAGAUACUCUCAGGCAAUGGCACAAAAGGAGGACGACUAACAGGACGAUACCUUCAGUUGAUGAUUUUCAGAGUAGGUCAAUAACUUCAACUGAAGAAUAACAAAAGUUGCUGUUAUUUCACCUUCAAAAAUCAGGCCUGUGUAUUUUUCCACAUAAAACCAUGGGAUUCUGUGGACUGAAGUGAGGAAGAUGGCGUAAUCAAGAAGGAAGGAUUAAUUUCUUUGUUUUCAGUUGUUUAUGGUUCACAACACAAAGUUUCUAGUGACAACCAUCAAUUACUUAUGACAUAAUUAAGCGCUUGAGAAGUGAAGAUGUGGGGUAAUCUGAAGGUAAUGAAACCUUUCAGCUCAGGCUUCUUCUGCUUUAUCAGUGUCCAUAUAAAGAACUGUAGAUCAACGCUGAACAGGAAGGAACUGAGAAAAGCAGCAGUCUUGUGUAAUUUGCCUCUUAAGAGGAGACCUAAUCAACAGAAAUACCAAACUACGGCCAGUUCACAAAGCUAGUCCAUCUUACCCGGAUCUGUUCUUUAUUGUGCUUACCUGCUUUUAAGGUGGAGUCUCAACCUACUUCAGUCUGAUGUUCUUUCUCACAAAAUGCUACAUCAUAGGGAAAUCCAUUUUCUUGGAUCUCUGCUGGAUGGCUAAAUCACAGAAGAUUCUUUGGGCAGGAUCUUGUAUUCUGUCUACCCUUCCCUUCCUCGGCAAGUCAACUUCAGCCAACCUAAUUGUACAGCUGGAUCCCACGCGGGGUCUGGGAAGAUGCAGGGGGUAGGGGAAGAGCCAGCACUGAAGUUGUGCAGUGCUUCUGUUGUCUCUUUCAAAAGAGAGCUUCUUCUGCCUACUCAGAAUGUCACUUUGCCAUUUUCUUUCUCAGCAUCCUACAGUCCUUGAAAUAAAGCACCUUUCCUAUGACAAAAGCUUAAUGUGACUUCAGCUCAACUAAUUCUUCUCCCAUCAAACCAAGAUGCACUCACUGCGCUUCUGUGCUGCAGCCUUGUGAGCCUUGAAAACCUUCGUUCUCCAUUCCUCAAAGGGAUGAGAAAGCAAAAAUCCCAUAUGCUGAUGAUUAAACACAACUUUCCAAUACUGCAUAAAUAAUUUAAACAGUAUGAGUUAUGGGCGUUUCUGCAACCUUUGGCAUAUCCGUGGAGCAAUCCUACCUGCAUGAAUGCACGUGCAUUUAAAAACAAACCUUCUGUAUGUUAAGUACAUUAGAAAUUAAAACUGAAGUGUGCAGGGCUGCUUUUUUUUUCCCUCCCUACUUCUUCCAGUUGGAUAAUAAACCAAAAAGUUGUUCUAUUCACUCAGAUUCAGUACCAGUGGUUUAAAUGCUGCUGGAAGGCUUCAGUGUUUCAGUCUACAAACUAUCCAAAAAUCUUUGAUAAAAAUAGGAAUGCGCUUUUGGAACUUAAGUCAUAUGAACGUACUUCUUAAUUUUUAGCAGCUUGUUUUUGUGGAAUGCAAACUUUUGCCAUAGCGAUUUGGCAUGCUUAAUUUAUUUAGCAUGCAGACAUAGGUAAAAGCUUGCUCAACGAGUAGGUCUUUCUCACUUUCCCAGUUUGCUUUAGAUGGUCUUCAAUUCUAGUUAAUUUCAUUUUUACUAAAAUGGCAUGAUGUGUUAUGUCAGACUUGUGGGAUUAUGUCAAUUUCAAUAGCGAAAUGCCGCAGAGUAUAUUUAUUCUUUCUGCAGCAUCCCUUUGUGCCUUAUUUGGAAAAAGAAAACACCAUCCUACAAAAUUUGUCACAUCAGACUCAGACACUGGUGAACUCAGUGAAGAUGUCCUACAUGAGGCUGGAUUACCUUGUGCAUGCUACAGCAUCAAAGUGCACAGAGAUGCUUCUCAUGUAGUAGCUUGUGGACCAAGACCAUGGUUUUCUUAAAAUUAGCUGGGGCUUUUUUUCUGCUUCUGACUAACAUAUCGCGUGAAGUUUCUGUUUUCUUAUAGUGAUCCAGCAGUGGCAUCAGCAGCAUGUCUUGAGUAUGCUGUCUCAGAUAUUUAUUUUGCUUUUCAGCGUUUUGUUUCCUGUUAAAGCCUAAUGUGAAAUCCUGUUAAAAUCGCCGGGACUUUCCGUGUGUCUUUAGGGCUGUAUCUGUUCACUCUUAAUUGCAGAGCUAGAAUGCAAAGCAAGGAAAGGGGGAUGUUGGCUUGCUGAGUUUCAGUUAUGCCCACUGCAGAUUUGCCAGUUUCACCACCAACACUGCAAUUCGCAAGGUGGUCAGAAUUUACAGGAACAAGUGGUAUGUGUUUCACAACUAGAACACAAAGAUGCUUGGUGUUCAUUGCUGACUCUUGAAUUUUCAGAGGAUGUUUUGUUUUAUUUUGUGUUUUUUUCCUGACAUCUGUUUUCUCAUUCAACAGAACUACCUUCGAGUUGCAUUCCAGGACGUUAACAGUGGAUGUACAGGGAAGACCUUACUAGUAAGACCAUAUAUCACUACAGAAGAUGUAUGCCAGCUAUGCGCUGAGAAGUUUAAAGUGGACAACCCAAAAGAAUAUAGCCU